CGUUUUUCUAGCGUUUGGUUUUGGCCUUGGUUCUUGGUUUAGUGUUUUGAUCAAUCUUUUAAGAACUCUGGGGUAAUGGGAAGUGAUAAAAAACGUCGUUCUCGAAGCCGAGAUAAAGACAAGCGUAAACGUUCCCGAUCUAGAAGCAAAGAACGUUCCGAUAGAGAGAAAAUUCGCGAUUCUGAUAGACACAAAAGACAUCGCUCUCGUUCAAGAGAAAAAGAUUACCCCAGUAGUAGCAAACAUGAUAAAUUCGACAAGGAAAAAUAUAAAAGCGAUAGAGAUAAAUACGACGACAAGGACAAGAAAUAUAAAGAUGCCAAAAAAGAGGAGGAAGAAGAACUGGAGAAGGUUAAGGUAGAAACCAAAACUGAAGUUAAACAAGAACCAGCGAAGAAGGAACCUCUUUCGUUGGAGGAACUGCUAACAAAAAAGAAAGCGGAAGAAGCAGCUAAAAGUAAACCCGUGUUUCUUACCAAGGAACAAAGAGCUGCAGAGGCACUGAAAAGACGCCAGGAAGAAAUUGCUAAAGUGAGGAAACAGCAGGACGAGGAAAGGAAAAUUGUAGAAGCUGUUCAAGCUGGUCGAGAAGUAGAAGUUAAACGAGACGAUAGGGAUUAUAGAAGAAACAGGGAUAGAGAUAGAGAGGAGGAGAAGCAGAAAGAUAAGGACAAAGAGAAGGAGCAGGAUGCUAUUAAAGAGAGGUAUUUAGGGCUUAUUAAGAAAAAGAGGCGAGUGAGGCGGCUUAAUGAUAGGAAGUUUGUGUUUGACUGGGAUGCUGGAGAAGAUACUUCGUUGGAUUAUAACAAUUUGUAUAAAGAAAGACAUCAGGUGCAAUUCUUUGGCAGAGGUAAUCUAGCAGGAAUCGAUAUCAAAGCUCAAAAGAGGGAUCAGAGCAAGUUUUAUGGAGAAUUACUUGAAAAAAGAAGAACAGAUGCAGAAAAGGCACAAGAGAAGGUGAGGUUAAAGAAGGUGAGAAGACGAGAGGAGAAACAAUUGUGGGAUGACAGACAUUGGACUGACAAGGAGUUGCCGGAGAUGACUGAGAGAGAUUGGCGGAUAUUUAGGGAGGAUUAUAACAUCACUAUCAAAGGUGGAAAAAUACCUGAACCAAUACGAACCUGGAAAGAAUCUGGCAUUCAAAAAGAACUUCUAGAAAUUAUCGAAAAGAUCGGAUACAAGGAUCCAACUCCUAUCCAACGUCAGGCCAUUCCAAUCGGAAUGCAAAACAGAGACAUCAUCGGUGUAGCAGAAACCGGUUCUGGUAAAACGCUGGCGUUCUUAAUUCCGCUUCUAUCGUGGAUUCAAAGCUUGCCGAAGCUAGAACGCAACGAAGAUGCAGAUCAAGGCCCCUAUGCGAUUAUUUUGGCUCCUACGAGAGAGUUGGCACAACAAAUCGAAGAAGAAACUGUUAAGUUUGGUCAACCGUUGGGAAUAAGAACCGUGGUAGUGGUUGGUGGUCUUAGCAGAGAAGAACAAGGUUUUAGACUACGUCUUGGGUGUGAAAUUGUCAUUGCUACACCGGGUCGUCUCAUCGACGUCUUAGAAAAUCGGUACUUGGUCUUGAACCAAUGUACAUACAUUGUACUUGAUGAAGCCGAUAGGAUGAUAGAUUUGGGUUUUGAGCCUGACGUGCAAAAGAUCUUGGAGUACAUGCCUGUCACAAAUUUGAAGCCCGAUUCAGAAGAAGCCGAAGACAGUCGAUUGCUAUUGGCGAACUACAACAGUAAGAAAAAGUACAGGCAAACUGUCAUGUUUACAGCUACGAUGCCUCCAGCUGUAGAAAGAUUGGCUAGGACUUAUCUGCGUCGUCCGGCUGUAGUAUAUAUCGGUUCUAUAGGAAAACCGGUAGAAAGAGUCGAACAGAUAGUGCAUAUUGUGGGCGAAAACGACAAGAGGAAGAAACUUAUGGAGUACUUAUCGAGAGGUUUUGAACCUCCAGUUAUCAUCUUCGUUAACCAGAAGAAGGGGGCGGACGUGCUGGCCAAAGGUUUGGAAAAACUUGGAUACAAUGCGUGUACUUUGCACGGUGGUAAAGGACAAGAACAGAGAGAGUAUGCUCUGGCGAGUCUCAAAGGGGGAUCCAAAGAUAUUUUGGUUGCCACUGACGUUGCUGGUAGAGGUAUCGAUAUUAAGGACGUUUCUAUGGUCAUUAACUAUGACAUGGCGAAGACUAUUGAAGAUUACACUCACCGUAUCGGUCGUACUGGUCGUGCCGGUAAGACUGGUAUCGCUGUCAGUUUCUGCACCAAUGACGACUCAGCGCUCUUCUACGAUCUUAAGCAGAUGUUGCUAUCAUCGCCAGUAUCUUCGUGUCCACCAGAAUUGAUGAAUCACUCUGAGUGUCAAUUGAAGCCCAAUCAGCCGAAGAGGAGGAGGGACGAGAUGAUUUUUGCCUAAAAUCGGGCACGGGAUUAUUUGUAGCAUUUAAUUUUUUUGUUAUUAAUGUAAUAAUAGUGAAUAUAUUUGUAA